UUUGUGUUGGUUCAUAACAUCCCUUCUGUUUUGUUGAUCCAGCUCAGACAUUUCACAAAUUUCGUCUCUUACACUGCUUCCAUGGAGCUGGGAAUGGCUACGAAAGUACCAGGGGGCAAGCUUUAUGAUGAUAGUGCGGACAUAUUGGAACAGCAGAGUGAAUGUGAAAUGCAGUUUGAUUUAGAUAGAGAAGAUAAAUUGAAGCGGGAUAGCAACAUGAGUUCAAAUCUGCAAUACAACUCCACCGGUUGCAAUCAGCAAGAACUCCACUGGUUGCAAGAAGUUAAGAAAACCUUAGAAAGUGCUUCAUCUUUUUUAAUGGUAACCAGUUCAUUUUAUUGGAUAUUAACCGACAUGUUGAGCCAGUCAUCAAGAGUCAAGCCUCAGCAAGAACGUGGCCCAGUUUUCGAAUGGGUGUUCCCUUUGUUGGAGUUGCUGGGUUUUGUGGUGUUUGUUUUGGUGAUUGGAACAAUGAUUCUGGUGGGUGCACAAAUUAGUCGGUUGCAGAGUGCUAUGCUUCUGUCAUGGGCCAUUCUGAUGCUUGUGAGAUCCGUGGACUCACUCAGUGCACUAUGCGUUUCAAUAAUGGGAAUAAUUCUGAUUGGGUGGCAUUUGGUCAUAGAAAAGCAACCACCAAAUGAAUGGGAAAUGAGCAUAAAAGGUGACCUCCGAGGCCAAAACUAAUACAUGUUAUGUACACAAAUUUCUCGAGUGUGUUUCGUGUAAUAGAUAUAGUUUGUGUUUGUAAUUAGGGGUACCACCUUACCUUCUUCUGUUCAUGCCUGUGAUGUAUUGCGGUUGGGUUAUUAAUAUCCUUCCCUGUCAACACUUGUAUUGGGUGCCACAUUCAGUUCUUGCCCCUCUGUUUUCGACACUUUCCAUCGCUAAGUUUUAAUUCGACAACUUUAUAUAAUUCUAUCCAUUAGUGUAUAUCUUUUAUAUUAAUAAAUAUGUCACUGAUGGAAAGAUAAACAUAUUGGUUGAACAGAAGAAUGAAUGUGAAAUGGGUUUUGAUAGAGAAGACAAGGUGAAAUGAGAUACCAACAUGAGUUCAAAACUGCAAGACAACUCCACUGUUUGCAAUCAGCAAGAACUUGAGAAAACCAUAGAAAGUGUUCCAUCUCAGAAGAAUAUGUGGUUUGGUCGCUCAUGUUGCGGUAUGCGUUCAAAUUCUACAAUUUAUAAGAAAAAUAUGUGU